CUUCCCCCCAUCUACUUUCCCCAACUCGACUACGCGGAUAUGGCUCACAGUCGACAAUCCCACGGAUACAGCAGAAUUCAGCAGCAGAAUCAACAGGGAUCGCCGUGGAACUCAGCUUUGCCAGGAACGCAAACCCACGACCUGCUGCUUAACAACGACGAACCUCCCUACCGCACGCUCAAUAGCCCAUUCAUGGCACCGAGAGAGCAAAGUCACACUCGAAGGAUGAACUCUGUCGAAAGCGAUUUAAAUUACUACCACACCGGAGAGGAACUCGAUCAUUUUUUUCACAGGAUAAUCCCGCCCCCAGAUCAAGUCAGUUCCAGGAACUUUCCAGCCGCUGGUCGGAACCCUGCUUUGCCUGCGUACAGGGGAAACAUGGGAAGAGAGAGGACGCCUUUAUACGCGGCAGGGGAGAGGCCUGCUGGUGCCUUUGAGUCGUUUUAUCAGCCACUUCCGUUGUUCAAUCACGCCCGGCCUACCAGCCCCCAUCCUCUGCAAGAUCAGUCGAUGGGUAAUGACUUUGUCACGCCUGCUUUUUCGGAUUUGCCUGUUCAUCUCAUCCCUCCUCCUCCUCCUCUUCCUUAUUCUACUUAUUUACCACAUUGGCCGGCGAGUGAUGGCCGGGUGACGCCGAGAAUUCCGUACCAGCCUCAUCAUCCUGUCACCACUGGCUUUCCUUCAACCCUAUCCAAUGUGCCUAGCCCCGUCCGUGAGCCCGGGCACCGCAAUCGACAAAUGGUUGCUCAGCUAAACAACAUGGCUGACGAGGGAAGAGAUUACCGUCCUGGUAGCAACGAUCCCGUAAGCCACACCAAUAUGAUGGAGAACCGGAUGGAAAUGCUCAAGCAGCGCCUGAGCAACAUCGUGCUUUCAAUCGUCAAGACUGAUCCUUCCAUUGAGCUUGUACCUAUCGAGAAGAAGAUCUCAGGACUUCUUCAUGAUCUGAAAAUACCGGCUCGGAUUCGGACGGCGGCUCCCAUUCCCAUGGACCGGAUUGAUCGGGAACUCGGCAUGCUGCGCCGAGACGUGCGAUUGGAGUGGAUCGCUCACACUUUUACGCCGGGCAGCAGGCCAAACCAGCAGACCUUCUUCAAGAUACACGAUGCGGCGAUGACGGCUGUGCAGCGCGCUCUCAGAAUCGUCGAUGUAUUGCUAGAGAAGCAGCGUGUGUGCAUGCCGGAUGAGCGUGUGGAGUCCGACAACGCUGAUGGCGCUGAGAAGAACUUGCCGGUCGAGGAAUCUGUUCCCUGCGAAAGUGUUCAAGCCGCAUCGGCAUCGAAUCAGUCCGCUCAGCAUCCAGUUUUCCGCAAAAGCGAGGAAGAAAUCCAGGCGGAGAUCCAGGCAGACUCGAUCGAUAUUGAUGUAGAAAAAUCGGAAGUAUGCGAGGAGGAUUGGCUCGUUGUUUGA